AACGGACACGAAGCAUGGGCUUAUAUAGUAGUAGUAAUAAUACAACACCUUUCCCUAGAAUUAAAUUGUCUGUCUUUCUAGUCGUUUAAAGAAAUUGUUAUUUGGUUGAAGGGAUCAUGAAGUUUGGAAGGAUCUUGAUGAUGUUGAUGACCCUUAUAGAACAGACUCUACCUGAUUGGAAGGGCAAAUUCUUGUCUUACAAGGAUCUCAAGAAACAAUUGAAGAUGAUUGAUCAUCCUAAUAAACGCCAAAAAUUAGAUGAUGAUGAUGGAAAAGAGGUGAAUGAUUUUGUGAAGCUUUUGGAGGAGGAAAUCGACAAGUCCAACACUUUCUUUAUUGAAAAAGAAGAGGAUUAUAUCAUUCAAUUGAAGAUACUCAGAGAUAGCUUUGUCGAGAUUAGAAGUUCUGAAGAGUUGAUGAGAGUAGGCAGAGACCUAGUGGAUCUUCAUGGACAGAUGGUUCUAUUAGAGAAUUACAGUGCUCUUAACUAUACAGUAUUCAGAUGGCCCCGUAUGAAGCCCUACAUGGGCGGAGUGUAGGUCACCUAUUGAUUGGAUCGAAGUUGGGGAAUCAAAUUUGAUCGGACCAGAUUUGAUUCAGCAGGCAGUGGAGAAGGUUAAGCUUAUACAGGAGAGGUUAUUGACAGCUCAAAUUCGCCAGAAGUCCUAUGCAGAUAAUCGACGGCAAGACCUGGAAUUUCCUAUAGAUGACUGGGUAUUCCUGAAGGUAUCGCCAAUGAAGGGUGUUAUGAGAUUUGGUAAGAAGUGAAAGCGUAACCCUCGACACAUUGGGACUUAUAGGAUUGUGCGCCGAGUAGGCCAAGUGGCUUAUGAGUUAGCUCUACCUUCAGACUUGGAGUCUGUACAUCCAGUCUUCCACAUGUUUGUGCUUUGUAAGUGUAUUGGAGAUCCUUCUAGGGUUGUACCUAUUGAUGAUGUACAAAUUACAGAGAAGCUAUCAUAUGAGGAAGUCCCUAUUUCCAUCUUGGAUCGACCAGUUCGUAGGUUGAGAACUAAGGAUGUAGCAUCGAAAAAGGUACUUUGAAGGAACAAGAAUGUUGAGGAGAUGACUUGGGAAGCCGAGGAUGAUAGGAAGUAUAGAUAUCCUCAAUUGUUUCGGACUUCAGAGUAGAUGCAGACUACAACACCAUCGUCUUCAGUUAUGUAUUAUUUAUCAACUAACCUUGUUGGUCGUGUGGGACCAUUGUUGUUAUUUAUUGUUGGGGCCCUAUGUUGCAUUGUAUAGUUUGGGUCCUGUAUGGCAGGUUGGUAGUGGUAUAGCUACAAAGGAGACUCUGUCAAAAUUUUUGUAAGUGGGACGAAUGUUUCUAAAUAGAGAAGGAUGUUACACCUUGUAGUUUAUACAUUGAGAUUCAUUGUAUGUUAAGUUUCCCCAGUUGUGGACACCGGGGCUGUCUCCAAGGUUAUACAAGGUUGUACAUGCCUAUCUUAUGUUUAUAAAAGUUUAAGUUCAUGUUUAGUAACUUAUGGAAGGGUUGAAGAAUAAAUGAAUUGAAGAGAAUACGUUUCAGCGAAAUUUCGUUUAAGGUUGAAAUAUACGGACCAUAUCUUGGGGUAUACAAACCGUAUUUUGUAAUAUGGACCGUAUUUAAAGAUGAAAAAUUUGAGCAAAGAAGACAGAAUUUGGGGUUGAAAAAUACGGACCAUUAUACGGACCGUAUCUCUAUGGCAGCGGAUUUUUGUUGUUUUUAUAUAUUAAGACUCUCCUCAAUAUUAAGUCAUUUUAACUCAACCCCAAGUUCAUAUAAGCUCUAGAAACCUCUCCCAUCAUUUUUAAUCACUUCCUCAAGAAAAAAUUAAAGAUCAAAGUGAGAAUCAAGUGCCUAGGGUUUUCAAAGUAUUGUAGAAGCUUGUUGCUUCUCCUUGUAGAAGCUUUGGAGCUACUUCAAGGUGAAGUAAUCUUGGAAUUGAAGUGUUCUUGAGUUCUUGAGGUAAGAUUUCAUCUUAAUUCCAUGUUUAUGAGUUUAUGUGAUAGUUAUGCUAGGGUUUGAGAGAAAGAAAUUGAAGGAAAGGUUCAAACAUGAACUGGAUGAUAUUUUGAGUUGUAAUCUAACUUAAGCCACGAUUGUUAGUGUGUUUUGAGAAAAUAAUAUUGUUAUGGGGAUAAUAGUUAAUGUUAAGAAUAUGUUGAGAUUGUUAUACUUGGUGUAUUUGGAAGAAGGGAGUGUUGUAUACAAGCGUAUAUCAGGCUGCUCAAUUGUAUAUAGUUAAAUGUUGUGAAUAUGAGUUUAAAGAAGAUUGUAUAAGGUUGUUAUGUUGAUUGUUGGUUGUUGGCUUUGUGGUGAUGAUUAAGAAAUGGGGGAAUGCUAGCCGUUUCACUUUAGAAUUGAGUUACCAUUGAUAUACAUAAUAUACUAGCGCUAUCUAAGUUGUAUAUGUAUUUCU